CUUCUGGGUGUUUAUAGUCGAGAGUUCCUUCUCAUUAUCACCGGAAGCCUUGGAUUGUGAAAUUUCGUUUUAUGUAAUCAGUUUUGAUUUUGCCUAGCUUUCCACUGGGUCACAUCUAGGAGUGUUCAUAGCAGAAGUUCGACAGAAAUGAGGAGAGACGAAAGUUCUGUUUAGGCCGACAAGAAAAUUUCAGUGCGUUUUCUUUCUUUUGGUUGUGUUUUAGGGAUAACUGCAGAAAAUUAUCUAUAACAGUGAACGGCGAGGAAAUAUAAUUUAAGACACUGCUCUGGCUGAUUUGUGAUAAAUACAAAACAUAAUUUAAUAUUGCAGUGCCGGGAUAUCGUUGAAAAUAUAACAGACAGUGAACCAGUGAGCAGAUUUUCAACCAAGCAGACACCACCUUCCUCCUGCAUGGCGGCACAGACCCCCACCACGUGGAUUACGUCUCUCGUGUUCCCUUCGCUGGAGGUGAUGAAGACCCCACAGCCUCACGUAGGACCCCCACACCUCCCUCUGGCCAACGGACUCGUCAACGGCGCCCUCAGGCACGAGAGCCAGGAGAACGGCUUGCCCAACGGCCUCCUGAACGGACACGAUCCUAAUCUGCAAAAUAACGAAGUCGGGGAUCCGGCGAGAAGCAUCCCGUUUUCUUUCCCGCCUAUGGUACCCGUUGUAACUACGCCCACCAUCGAGCCAACAACCCUAGCCCUCCGCCCCGAAGACUCAAAGAACCUGGAGAACUGCAUGAUAAAGCAUGACCCGGCGCAUGGACAAGACCGCAAGAACCUCCUCAAGGAAGACUACAGCGCCGACUCGAACAGAGCCACUGAAUCGAGGCGGAUGCGGUACCUCAGCCAGAGCGUAGACACACACGAGUACCUUUUUGGCGUUCCAGAGCCCUUGGAAGCCAUGAUGGAAGUGAGGGAGAAAGGAGAGGAUGAAGAGAUGGAACUCAUGAGUAAGAAGUUGGGAGAUAUGUCGACCCUGGUUCGCGAACAUCUGGUUCAUGUGGAGAACCGGUUAUUUGAGAUGUUCGGUGACAAGGAGAACCAGACCAUUAACAUCAACAAGUUCUUGAUGGGCCUGACAGCCACGGGACUAAGGCAUUCCGACCAACGGCUGGCGGAGAUGAGGAAGAAUCUCAGGAAAGUCCAAGAAAGGGUCGCAGCAUCCGAUCCCCAAGCACUCAUCGUCAAUUAUGAGACGUUUAUGAGCAUCAUAUCGGAAAAUCUUGAGAUUGUCGUGAAGGCAUUUUCCUCUUCCUUCGUCAUCCCGGAUUUUCGCGGAUUCUGCCAUCACAUCGACGAAAUCUACAACAACUGCAAAGGCAACACUGAUGGCAAGAUCGCUUCCUACAUCCCCCAACUGGAGCGGAUGAGAGCCGAUAACUGGGCGGUGUCAGUCUGCACGGUGGACGGUCAGCGGUACUCACUGGGGGAUGUCAACACUCCUUUCACGCUCCAGUCUUGUAGCUACGUAAUGACGUACGCGAUGGCGGUGGGAGAGCUGGGCGCCCAAGCUGUGCAUUCGCGUGUUGGCAUGGAGCCGUCUGGCCGCUACUUCAAUGAGCUUUGCCUGGAUUUCAAUCACAAACCUCACAACCCAAUGAUCAACGCCGGCGCCAUCAUGACAGCCGCUCUCCUGAAGCCUGAACUGUCAGCCGCAGAUCGCUUUGACUAUGUAUUCCACAUGUACAAGCGCCUGGCCGGGGGAGAGUACCUCGGUUUCAACAACGGCGUCUUCCUGAGCGAGAGGGAGUGCGCUGACAGGAACUUCGCCCUCGCCUACUUCAUGAGGGAGAACAAGUGCUUCCCUCCAAACACGAAGCUCCACGAAACCCUCGAUUUUUACUUCCAGCUGUGUUCGCUGGAGAUCACGGCGGAGGCAGGAGCGGUCAUGGCGGCGACACUGGCCAACGGCGGCAUCAAUCCUCUGACCGGUGACCCCGUGUUGACCGUGGAAGCUGUGAGAAAUACCCUGACCUUGAUGCACUCCUGUGGCAUGUACAAUUACUCGGGGCAGUUCGCGUUCAAGGUUGGACUCCCUUCCAAAUCUGGUGUGUCAGGCUGUGUGCUUCUGGUCGUCCCCAACACCAUGGGCAUUUGCCUUUGGUCGCCGCCCCUCGACUCGAACGGAAACUCCUGCCGCGGCGUUCAGUUCUGCAUGGAACUCGUCUCGAGAUUCACCUUUCACAACUUCGACAACCUCCGCAACCACAUCACGACCAAGACGGACCCCCGCAUGGCCAGAGCGGAGUCCCGGGCGCAGAUCCUCUUCGACCUCCUCUUCUCUGCUGCUGCUGGUGAUCUGUCUGCUCUCAGGAGACACUCGCUCUCGGGCACGAAUAUGGAGGCGAAGGACUACGACGGACGAACAGCUCUCCACGUGGCGACUUCCGAGGGCCACAUCGAGAUCGUCGAGUACCUCCUCAAGAACUGCCAGGUCAACCCAUUGCCCAAGGAUCGCUGGAACCGAACUCCCCUCGACGACGCCCGGUGCUUCGGCUACCCUCGCUGCGGUGAACUCAUCGUGGACAUGUGCAAGAAAAAGGGAAUCGAAAUACCUCCUCCUGUGGCAGACGAUCCUAUGAAAGAGUAGAGAGAACCGCGCUUGGGUUGCUCUUUAUAAUUUCGACUUCCCCCCCUUUUUUAGUAAGUGAUUUCCGUGCUGAAGAAGCGAAAAAGACACACGGGGUGCGUGCGUGGUCGUAAGGGUCGAAGGUGCGAAUAAGAGGAGUCCGGAUUUGGGAUUCGAAGCUUCGAUUCGCCGCCAAGGUUCGGAGUCGCUGUGUUGGAUGACGGAUUAUAUAUAUUGUUUUUUUUUUACAUAUAUAUAAGUUUGAAAGUUUAGAUAUAUUGAUUUAGAUUGUUGUUAGAUCUAUUUUUAUAAGAUAUUGCCUUUUUGUAAGAGCACUUGUUUCUUUUGUGCUCACAACUGUUGUCCCCUAACGUGAAUGAAGACAUACAUAUAUGUAAAAGAUAUAUAUGUAUAUAUAUAUAUAUAUAUAUAUAUAUAUAUAUAUAUAUAUAUCCCUCCUUCAGUGUUGACAUUUUAUAAUAAUAUAUCCUCUGCUAUAAGAGGGACCAAAGUACAAGUAUGAUAAAUUAUUUUAGAACGCUAAACAUGCUUUGGGAUAUUAUGGUGCUUUUAGGAAAUUUAUUAUCCCUUAUGUCAUGUAAGCGCCUUAUGGCAGAGUGGAAGUUUCUUUUAUCUUUUUUUAGCCAUGAUGCAGACCUUCCUACGAGUAAAUUCCCUUCAUUCUACUAUAAUUAGCAUAAUUAUAAUUAGUUUUAUUGUAACCCACGUAGCCUGUUUAUCAAUCAAUUUGUAGCAAUAUACCAAUAUAAUUAAUUCCCGAAUAUUGUUAUAAGUCAAUAUUUCUUUGUAUAUGUUAUCAUAUCCUUCCAUGUUAUUCCAUUAUACGAUGUCGAUUCCCACUGCAUUCAGUGGAUCACAAGAAAUAUAUAAUAAAACGUAUAAA